AUGGAAAUAAGAAUUGAGAAUAGGAUUACUUUAAUACGUUCAGUUUUUAUUUUAUUUUCACAAAGAGCUAUCGUGAGAUACAAAAAUGCCAUACAACCAGUAUUUACAAAUAUCCAAAGAGAGGUUUUCAAUCCCCUGAGCCCGCAGCAAAUGAAGGAGCUGCUACUUAUAAGGGAAGUUAGUAAAGAAUUGCAGAUGAAAAAAGAUGAAGACUUAAAGAAGGCAGAGCAACAAGCUGCUGAAGCGGAGGCAAAGGCUAAAGAAAUCGCUGCCCAAGAAGCUGAAGAGCCCACUGAAAGUACUCCAGUCGAAGCU